AUAUACUCCAAAGAAACCUACUAAAAUGAAUAAAAUAAUAUGGUAUCUUCUGAUGAUCACUUAUGUUAAGGUGGUCGAGUUCUGUUGUUCAAACAGAAGUUAUGUCGCAAGAUAUCUUAAGGUCUGUGGUCGGGUGAAAAACAGUGCUGUUAAAAUAUUUCAAAAAGUAUUUCUUGACCUCAGAUGUAUAUAUUGCAAUUUAUGUAACCUGCUGUAGAAUGACUAAGCUAGUUUAUUAUAUAUUGCAAUGAAUUUGAAAUGUAGCAUUUCUGGAAUUUCAUAGACAAACGUAGUUGUGUUUCAGCAUUGGAUAAAAUAUUAAAAGGAAAUACAAAUAUUACAACCUUUGUAGGAUUGGUAAAGCGUAGAAUCUGUAGUGACAAAUAUGGCCAUUAGAUGGGAAAUAUGUGGUAAUAAAUCAGGACACUGGGCAUUCUGGGACAAUAACUACACUAUAGCAACUCAGACACCAGAUCUUACCCAAUGUUUCCAGAACACUGUGCUUGCAUGGGUGCCCUGUGGGGCAUUGUGGCUGAGUGCCCCCUUCUAUAGUUAUGUCCUCCUGGGCAAGGACAGGAUAUGCAAGUCUUGGUGGCACAUGAGUCGGCUCAGUACAUGGAAAAUGUUCCUGGCCACCCUGUUGCUGCUACUUGCCUUAUUAGAUCUCUUCAAGACAGUGUCAGACAAUGCAGGGGGACUCCAAGCACCAACUGCCCUCCUUAUAACCCCAUUCAUUAGAGCAAUCACAAUGGCAUUGGCCAUAUUCUUCAUCUACCAGGAAUUCACGAAAGGCUUCAUAACAUCUGGUGUCAUGUUCAUCUUUUGGCUGCUAACAGUUGUCACGGCAAUAGUGCCCUUAAGGUCCUACAUUCUGCACAUAAAGGACGAUGUGGAGUUCAUGGACACAUUCCGUGAAGUGACUUUUUAUGUUGGCUUCAGCUUGUCUGUGAUCCAGUUUGUCCUUGUGCAGUUUGUUGACCUUGAAGCACAGGGGUUAACCUCCAAUGAGGAGCUACCAGAGGAAAGGCAGCCCUUGCUUUCUUCCACCAAAUCUACAGAUAGCAUCAAAUCUCAUCAGUUGGUAAAAGAGUAUCCUUGUCCACAAUUGACCAGCUCUUUCUUCUCAAGAUUGACAUUCUGGUGGUUCUCAAGGACGAUGAUUAUAACUGGUUGGAAGAAAACCCUUGUUUCAUCAGAUUUAUGGGAUUUAAGGCCUGCAGACAGAAGUUUGAAAAUUAUUAAUGAUUUUCAACAAGCUUGGAAGGAAGAAUUGGGAAAGGCAAAGAAAAAGCUGGAAAGUUCAUACAAGUAUGUGACUAAUGGCUACAACGUGAGACAGUCAGUUGGGACGUAUGAUAUUCCACCAAGUAUGCCCUCUCCAAACAUGUCUGAGGUGAAGGAUGAUGACAAGAAACUCAACCCCUCCCUAAUAUGGGCAUUGUGCCGAUCAUGCGGGUCAUGCUAUAUCAUCGCUGGUAUCGCCAUAUUUCUGUUCUGUAUUACUCAGGUUGCUAAACCUUUACUCUUGCAGUUGCUACUUGAUUUCAUUCAGUUUGAGACACAGUUUGAAUGGCAAGGCUACAUGAUUGCAGUCAUAAUGUUUGCCAACUCAAUGUUAUCAUCCAUACUUAUACAGAACCAUUUCUACAAUGCAUAUCUCUUUGGGCAGAGACUCAGGUCAGCGGUUACUGCAGCUGUCUACAGAAAAGCAUUAAAACUGACAAGUACAUCAAGGAAAACUGCUACUGUUGGUGAAAUAGUAAAUCUGAUGUCAGUGGAUGCCCAAAAACUUCAAGAUGCUCCAAAUCUCUUCCAUUAUCUCUGGUCCUCAUCUUUACUCAUUAUAGUUGUGACAGCCAUGCUGUGGCAGAUUCUUGGUGUAGCAGCCCUGGCUGGCUUGGUGAUCAUGUCUUUCAUAGCUCCAUUCAACACUGGAUAUGUCGGCUCAAAGAUCAAGGGACUCCAAACUAUACAAAUGAAGGAGAAGGAUGAGCGUAUUAAACUGACCAGUGAAAUACUCAAUGGAAUCAAGGUGCUGAAAAUGUAUGCCUGGGAACCAUCAUUCAGUUCCAAGAUCCUAAGCAUUCGUGAGAAAGAACUAAAAGUUUUACAAACAGCUGCUUUCUUGAAUGCUUGUACAACAAUAACUUUCUUUAUAGCACCAUAUUUGGUGUCAUUGUGCUGUUUUGCUGUUUAUGUGCUGUCUGAUCCUAAAAAUGUGUUAGAUGCUCAGAAAGCAUUUGUAUCAAUUGCAUUGGUAAACAUUCUCACUGAUCAGAUGUCAGCUCUUCCACAGGCUGUAUCUUUCAUGGUACAGGCAUUGGUAUCUUUGAAACGUAUAACCAAGUUUUUAAUGCUAGAAGAACAGGGUCCUGGUUAUGUCCAGAGAGAUGACCAUGCACGGGAAGCUGUCCAAGUGACCAAUGGCUAUUUCAGUUGGGAAAGGGACCAAAGUCCAACCUUGAAAAGGAUCAACUUGAAGGUGGCCCCAGGUAGUCUUAUUGCUGUAGUGGGUCAGGUGGGCUCUGGAAAGUCUUCUUUGAUGUCAGCCCUGCUUGGAGAAAUGUACAAAACUGAUGGCACUGUGAAUGUUAAGGGUAAAUUAGCAUAUGUCGCCCAGCAAGCAUGGAUUCAGAAUCUUACACUGAGAGACAACAUUCUCUUUGGCAAAGAUAUGAAUGUGAAGUUGUACCAGAGAAUCAUCAAUGCCUGUGCCCUGGGACCUGAUCUCAAAAUACUCACUGGUGGUGAUAUGACAGAGAUAGGAGAAAAAGGCUUAAAUCUGAGUGGGGGCCAAAAACAGAGGGUUAGUUUAGCAAGGGCAGUGUAUCAGGACCUGGACAUCUACCUGUUUGAUGAUCCCCUCAGUGCAGUUGAUGCCCAUGUUGGCAAACAUAUCUUUGAACAGGUGGUAGGGCCUACUGGAAUACUGCAUGAUAAGACCAGGAUCCUAGUGACCCAUAGUAUCAGUUUCCUAAAAGAUGUAGAUAAGAUAGUGGUACUGAAAGAUGGCCAUAUAUCUGAGAUGGACACUUAUGACAACCUACUGAAACAAUAUGGCGCAUUUGCCGACUUCAUCAAGACAUACCUGACUGAGAACCAGGAGGAGAUUGAAAGUAUGAGUGAAACAGACCCGGAAAGUGCAGCUGAAUUGCGCUUAUUGCGGCAGAGAGUAAAUGUAUUGUCUGGUGAAGAGAGUACUGAUAUGACAGAAAGUGAUGCAUCAGUUAUCAGACGACAAAGGCGAAAACACAGGAAGAACAGUAGAAAGUCUGACACCAGUGAUAGAGAGAGAUUGCAGAAGAAGCACUCAACUAAGGUGGAACAACUCAUAGAAGAGGAACAAGCUGAGAAAGGAUCAGUAAAACUCUCUGUGAUAAAGUACUAUGUGAAUGCUGGAGGAAAUGUAAUAACAGCAGUAGGAAUGACAGCACUUUUACUUUUCACAGCUGCUCAAGUGGGUACCAACUUCUGGUUAAGUGAGUGGAGUGGAGAUACCCUGGUGAAUGGCACACAAGACUUGGGCCUAAGGGACAUGCGACUUGGAGUUUAUGGUGCCCUUGGGGUUGGUCAAUGUCUCUCCAUUUUUGUACUGGCCAUAUGUGUUGCCUUUGGCAGUGUCUCAGCAUCUAGAAUUCUACACAAAAACCUACUCAACAACACAGUAAAAAACCCAAUGUCAUUUUUCGACACAACUCCAAUGGGUCGAAUUAUAAACCGAUUCUCAAAAGAAAUGGACAUAAUUGAUGUUAAUAUACCUCAAUAUGUGCAGCUGUGGUUGAUAGGAUUGUCACCAUUUAUGGCAACAUUGGUGGUGAUCAUAUACAGUACACCAAUAUUCCUGACUGUUGUUCUGCCAUUGGGGAUUAUCUUUGUUGCUGUACAGAGACUAUUCACCAGCACAGCAAGGCAGUUAAAGAGGAUUGAUUCCAUAAAACGGUCCCCUAUAUAUUCCCACUUUAGUGAAACCCUGACCGGAGUGUCAUCCAUAAGAGCCUAUAGACAGUCAGAGAGAUUUAUUGAGAAGUCUGAUAAACUGCUGGAUGAGAGUCAGAGUGCCUGGUAUGCUAUUCUUGUGGCAUAUAGAUGGAUCAGCAUGUACUUGAACAUAGUUGGCAGUUUUGUUGAACUGUUCGCUGCAGUGUUUGCUGUCAUGAGCAGAGGAACAAUCAGCGCUGGUCUUGCUGGCCUCUCUGUCUCUUAUUCUCAAAGAAUAAUGCUUGCGAUGAUAUUAAUGGUAAGAGCAGCUGGAGAACUAGAGACAUAUGUAGUAAGCGUGGAGAGAAUAAGGGAAUACUCACAGACACCUAAUGAGGCCCCGUGGCGUAAGAAAGGGAAGAAUCCCCCUAAGGGCUGGCCUCAUAAUGGUGUAGUUAAGUUCAAUGACUACAGCACCAGAUAUAGGCCUGGAUUGGAUUUAGUGGUCAAAGGAAUCACAGCUGAUGUCAACCCAGAUGAAAAGAUUGGAAUUGUAGGCAGAACAGGGGCAGGAAAGUCAUCACUUACAUUGGCAUUGUUCCGUAUUAUAGAGGCAGCUGGUGGUUCAAUUUGUAUUGAUGGUUUAGAUAUUGCGGACAUGGGCCUUCAUGAUGUGCGCCCUAAAAUAACCAUAAUCCCACAGGAUCCAGUGAUAUUCUCUGGCACCAUGCGAAUGAACUUGGAUCCAUCAGAUGAAUAUAGUGAUGACCAAAUUUGGCAAUCGCUUGAACAUGCACAUUUAAAGUCUUACAUAUCGGGCCAGAAUAAUGGACUUGACUUUGAAUGUGGAGAAGAGGGGUCCAAUCUUAGUGUGGGCCAAAGACAACUAGUGUGCUUAGCAAGGGCAUUGUUACGUAAGACAAAGAUCUUGGUGCUGGAUGAGGCUACAGCUGCAGUUGACUUGGAGACAGAUGACCUCAUACAAAACACAAUCCGCACAUCAUUCAAAGAUUGCACUGUUCUCACUAUAGCACACAGACUCAACACAAUCAUGGAUUAUGACAGAGUUAUGGUGCUGGAUGCUGGGAAACUUAAAGAAUAUGACAGUCCAUCUAAUCUUCUGAAGAACAAGCGUGGCAUCUUUUUUGGCAUGUCCAAAGAUGCUGGACUUAUAUAAGAUUCUUAUAGAAAAGAAAACUCAUUGUUUUCAUGGGUUUUUAUGUCUACUCAGUUUCAGGAGGACAAUUUAAUGGAUCAGUUUUAAUCAGGGAUGAUCCCUUGUAUGAAAAUCUCAAACUGAUUAGGUUUUAGGCAUUCUGGGUAAAUAUUGAUGGCCAUUUUUGAUUUUCCAUCAAAAAAUCUUCUCUGUAAA